AUGUCUAGUCCUUCAGCUAUUUCUACCUUGUUUCUUGUUGCUCUAGUGUUCAUGGGCACAGUAGCACCACCACCACAAGCCGAGGCGGCCCGUGCUUUCUUUGUGUUCGGUGACUCACUCGUCGACAAUGGCAACAACAACUACUUGGCCACCAGCGCACGAGCGGACUCUCCGCCUUAUGGCAUCGACUACCCCACCCGCCGCCCCACCGGCCGCUUCUCAAAUGGCUUUAACAUCCCCGACCUUAUCAGCCAACAGCUUGGUGCUGAGUCCACAUUGCCAUACUUGAGCCCUCAGCUUACUGGACAAAAACUACUUGUUGGUGCAAACUUUGCUUCCGCCGGGAUCGGAAUCCUCAACGACACCGGUUUUCAGUUUGUAAGUCCCUGGCCAACCAAUUAA